GUCCGCCAUCUUGUGUCCUUUCCGCGUGGCAAAGGAUAUUUUGCUUCAAGAGUCAACUACUACUCAAACUCGGAUAGUAGCUUUCACCAAAUUCGCCUGAUUGUUAACGGCGAUAUCAGCGAAAAUCCAGGGCCCGAAAAUUGCGCUGUUUGCCUCAAAACUGUUGCUCGAACACAUCGAGCACUAAGCUGUGACCAGUGCGACUCAUGAUGCCACAUAAAAUGUGGCUAUGUUACUCCAAAGCAGUACAGAGAAUUCCAACAGAUGGACAGUAUUAGCUGGAUUUGCCCACCCUGUUUACUAUCGGUUCUUCCCUUCGCUAAUACAACAUUGAAUUCGACACUUAACUCAUCCACUGACUCUGAUGACACAGGUUCGCUGACACCAACUCGAGAGUCGGAGAAAGACCCGUUACAGGAUCUUGUAGAUUUAAAACGGGAACAUCCUAAUCAACAACUGCUAUUCCAUCUGAACAUCAAUAGUCUGCAGAGCAAGUUCGACGAACUAAAGGUAAUUAACUCUGAACUCAAAGCAGGAAUCAUCGUGUUAACAGAAACAAAGAUCGAUUCUUCCUACACGAAUGCACAGUUCAGUCUCCCGAACUACACGAUCUAUCGCCAGGAUAGGGCUAAGGGAGGCGGAGGAGUCUUAACCUACAUAACAUCGCAAAUACCUUCAAAAAAACUUAACGUACCUUUUGUACUUGACCUGAUAGAGGUAUUGGCCGCAAAGGUCGAGUUAAAUAACACAAAUGCAAUU